AUUUGCAUGAGGAGGAGAAAUCGUUUAGCGGCGAAGCUAACGGAGGCCCAGCGCUUAGCCGGCUAAGCUAACCUAAACCUUCGUCCACAAGAAUGGAUAUAAGUUAACGAUGACUGGAGAGAAAAAGAAGAAGAAGCGGCUGAACCGCAGCAUUCUUCUGGCCAAGAAAAUCAUCAUAAAGGACGGAGGCAGUCCACAGGGAAUCGGAGAGCCCAGUGUUUACCAUGCAGUCGUGGUCAUCUUCCUUGAGUUCUUUGCCUGGGGGCUGCUUACGACUCCUAUGCUCACGGUGCUGCAUCAGACGUUCCCCCAGCACACAUUCCUGAUGAACGGACUCAUUCAUGGAGUCAAGGGCCUGCUGUCGUUCCUUAGCGCUCCACUGAUUGGCGCUCUUUCUGAUGUUUGGGGUCGUAAGUCUUUCCUUCUUCUCACAGUCUUCUUCACCUGUGCCCCGAUUCCCCUCAUGAAGAUCAGCCCGUGGUGGUACUUUGCCGUGAUCUCCAUGUCCGGAGUGUUUGCGGUUACGUUUUCGGUGAUCUUUGCGUAUGUGGCCGACAUCACACAGGAGCAUGAGAGGAGCACGGCGUAUGGCCUGGUUUCAGCCACGUUUGCGGCGAGCCUGGUGACAAGUCCAGCAAUUGGGGCGUAUUUGUCUCAGGCGUACGGGGACACACUGGUCGUAAUUCUGGCCACGGCCAUCGCCCUGCUGGAUAUCUGCUUCAUCCUGGUGGCUGUGCCAGAGUCUUUGCCCGAGAAAAUGCGCCCAGCCUCCUGGGGGGCUCCAAUUUCCUGGGAGCAGGCAGACCCCUUUGCCUCUCUGCGGAAAGUUGGCCAGGACUCCACGGUUCUGCUGAUCUGCAUCACAGUCUUCCUGUCCUACCUGCCUGAGGCUGGACAGUACUCCAGCUUCUUUCUUUAUCUAAGACAGGUCAUCGGGUUCACGUCAGAGACAGUUGCUGCGUUCAUCGCAGUGGUGGGAAUUCUCUCCAUCCUCGCUCAGACGGUUGUUCUGGGAAUCUUAAUGCGCUCCAUAGGCAAUAAGAACACCAUCCUGUUGGGCCUGGGCUUUCAGAUCCUUCAGCUGGCCUGGUACGGUUUUGGAUCCCAGCCAUGGAUGAUGUGGGCGGCGGGGGCUGUAGCUGCGAUGUCUAGCAUUACUUUUCCAGCCAUUAGUGCCAUAGUCUCUCGGAACGCUGACCCGGACCAGCAGGGUGUGGUGCAGGGGAUGAUUACAGGCAUCAGAGGGUUGUGUAACGGACUUGGCCCCGCCCUGUACGGCUUUGUCUUCUACCUGUUCCACGUAGAACUGAACGAGAUGGACCCAGCAGACAGUCCAGAUAAAGGCGCCAAACCAAACAUGGCCAAUCCCACAGAUGAGAGUGCCAUAAUUCCAGGUCCACCCUUUCUGUUCGGUGCGUGCUCUGUGCUGCUCUCCCUGUUGGUGGCGCUGUUCAUCCCGGAGCACAACUCUCUCAGUGUCCGACCUGGCGGCUACAAGAAGCACACUAGUGGCUCUCAAGGCCACGCCCACAGCCCUCAGGGCGGAGCCUGCGAGGGCAAAGAGCCGCUCCUGGAGGACAGCAGCGUAUAACACACACUUUCGCUGACGUGCACUGGUACGUGCACUCAUGGGCCUGCUACCACUAUCGGGGUCCGCACGGCGACCCUUGCAGGACUAAACCGAGGGGAAGGGCGGAGUCAUGACUCGUUUCUGUAGAUUUGUCCCUCAGCCAAUUUCAAGACACACCUCCACUUUGUGGGAUAGAAGUGGUCUUCAGAUGAGAGAGGAGGAUGAUUGCAUUGCAUUAUGGGAAAUGUAGUUGCAAAGCACUCUCUGUACUCAUGUUCUACUGGUGGAGACUGAACUGUUUUUGUAUAGGGUUUUUUUUCCUCUCCCCCUCCUCCCCCCUCUCUCCUCAAAGACUAUAAAUAAGAUUGCACCAAGAGUGCAUGAUGCUAGCAGUGUAUUUUGGGGAAUGUCGGCACAGAAGGUAGCCUUGUGCUAAUUGUGCCAGGUCUCCCUACGGUUGUGUGUAGGGAUUCAUUUCUACCCUUGACUCAGUUUUCCCACACUUCUCAAUAAAAUUCUCUGGGGGUAGAGAAGACCUAGAGCAGCAGGACGGGUUAUUCAGCAUCCUGUUGCGACUGAUCUUAUACUGUAUGAUGGCAGAGAAGUUUAGAAACUUUUUUUUUUAAUAAAUCUUAAGAGGGAACUCAUUCUGGAACCAAAAAACACCUUCACAGAAUGAUCGCAUCUCUGAUGCUUGUUGGGACUUUGUGUACAAAAGGCCCCCAGUACUCACAAGCUUCUGUUGUGUAGAAAUGCCUGUUUUGUGCUUUAUUUUUCAGAGGAAUAUCUUCUUCUGUUGGGUUUGUUUAAGAAUAGGUGUCAAAGUCAAAUGUUUUUUUGUUUGUUUUUUUUAAAUGGGGAUUAAAAGUUGCCUUUAAGUGACUUUAAAGCGAUUACGAGACCUAGAUGAAGACUUUGUUCAGAUUGGGUUUAGUAAUGGCGUUUAUUGCUCCUAUCGGAGCAUUCAUGCAUACAAAUCUUGUUAGUUUUUUUUAUUACGAUUAUUAUUUGGUCGUCCCUCUCACCUCUGUAGUUGGUAACAGCCACACUGCCUCAGUCAGAAAUAUAAUUCCCAGUGUUGGUCUCCUCCUCAGCACUGAUGUUGAUAAAGAUGGGUUUGUGUCACUAACAGAGUGAAUUAAUCACAUUCUGCUGCUUUAGGAACUUUUAGAAGGUUGCAUUGCUCUGUGGUGUUUUACUGUUUUCUAUUCUAGGCAGAGAAAUGUGGCGUAUGGAUCUCUUCAAGGACGUCGGUGUCGUUUUUAGGCUUCCAUGCUUCUUCUUAGCAGUUGGGGAUGUGAACCUUUUGCUCAGUUGACUUUCCUUCAACAAGCCUCAAGUGCAUUGGAAUCAUUGAUUUAAUUUGGGAAUCUGUAACCAGGCUGUGGCCCAUUGGGUGAUUUUACAUUAGGGUGCCAUACCUAUGAAUGUGUGUGUGAGUCUGUUCUGGUGUUUCUUUGUCUUUUUUUAUUUCGUUUUUGUGAACUGUAUUUCAAGGAUUUAACAUAUCAUUUUAACACUAUGGGUUAUUUUAGAGCUCAAACCAACUGGGCGACACUUAAGUUACUGAAGUCCUCUUUAACACAUCAGAAACCACUUUGAUGUGACUGAAAUAACUCGUCUUUUUAGUCACACCCAGGGGGUGGGAGGGGGUUGUGAUAUCUUGGUGAAGUUCUCUUAAUUCUGUGUAAAUGUUCUUUUCUAAUUUUGAGGUUUUAAUUGUUAGAAUAAUGAAAUUAUCAUCUUUUUGGUUGUGAGGCGUAAUUCUAUCUAAUUUAUAGUCCAUUGCCAAAACUUUUUUUUUAUAUUCUAUUGAAAUAAUAGUUAUUCCAUUGACUAAUAACUGCUCAUAAUAAUCAUAAUAAUUUCAGAAAUUGUGCAAAUGAUAAAAUUAGUACAAUAGUUAGCUGUAGAUAAAAUUAUGUUUAUAAAUGUCUUGAACCAACAAUCUCAAAAUUAGAAACAUUUAUGGUUAGAAUUGAUUGUUUCACUCAUUAGGAUCACAUUUUUGUAACAAAAGCCCUGUGUGUUGAAAUGUUCAGUAAUGUUUUACAGGAGGUUUUUUUUUGUUUGUUUUUUUUGGGGGGUGGUAUUGUCUCAGAACUGUUAACUGUUAUUCCUAGCCACUAAUUUUACAGUGAAACCUGUUCUGUGGACUCAGAAAAAGCCAAUUUAUUUGUGCCUAAAAAAAGUGUGCUCAAAAAUUAAUAAUAAUAUAUUCGAGAAGUGGACUUGUACAUAUGGGAAACUAAUGGCAAACUAUUUAUUAAAGGUUUAUUGAUACUGA